AUGGAGCCAUGCGAGGAUAGAAUAAGCAAUUUACCAGAUGAUAUCCUGUGCCACAUUCUAUCUUUCAACCCUACCAAAAACGCUGUUACCACUUCCAUUCUUUCCAAGAGGUGGACUCAUCUAUGGCGCUGUGUUCCUAUCCUCGAUUUCACGGAUAUCAAAUUGAGAGACUGUGAAUCCAUUCUCCUAUUCAAUCAGUUCGUCGACUAUUUUAUGCUCUCGCGAGAAGCCACUGGUAAUCAUUCCAUCGACAGUUUUAUCGUGGACGUUGAAUAUGCUGCUAGUCGUAAUCACGUCACAUCUCUUAGCAUUCCCAAUCUCGCAAAAUGGGUUAACCUUGUUGUUCAACGCAAAGUUAAGAAUCUUCAUCUCCUUCUCAAUUUGCUCAAUGAUCCAAUUCCCCCCGGUUUUCUACUCCCCAAAUUGCCCAAUACUAUCUUUAGUUGUAAAACAUUAGUAACCCUAAGGCUUAGUUGGUUCCAUGUAAAGGGUUUUUCGUUUUCUUCAGUUGGAUUUGGAUUUCCAUUGCUAAAAACCCUUCAUUUGGACCGCGUUAUGUUUGUUGAUGAACGAGAGAUUUUGUUGCUUCUUGAUGGAUGUCCCGUUCUUCAGGAUUUCAAGUCAAGCGAUGUAUAUACGAGCAAUGUGGUAACCGAAGAAAGUAUCAAUCAAGUGUUUCAUAACUUAAGCUUAAGCAAGUUGAUUAGAGCAGAUAUUAUUGACGUUAAUUGUGAUAUUCCAAUGAAAGCACUUUUUAAUUCGGAGUUUCUAAGAAUACAACUAUGGGAGGCAUAUACUCCGUAUGAUUUGCCUACCUUCAAUAAUUUGACUCACUUGGUGAUCAACUAUUAUUUGGAUAUGUUUAUAGAAGUGCUUCACCACUGCCCUAAACUUCAAAUUCUUGAACUUUACCAGAAAACACAAGUUGAUUGGGAUGAGGAGAACACUGAAGGAGGAAAAGAACAAGAAAAUUGGGUGGAUCCAAAAUCCACUCCACAAUUUCUUUCAUUAUAUCUUAGAACUUGCACUAUUCGGGACUUCGCUUUUGUAGACCUACAACACGACCUUAUGUUAGCAAGAUAUAUUCUAAAUAAUGCAAGAGUUUUACAAACUAUGACAAUAUGGAGUGACAAAGAACAACCUCAAAUAGAAAAGGAACUAUCCUUAAUUCCAAUGGCAUCAAAAACUUGUCAACUUUCAGUUUAUUGA